AUGCGAACCAUCUCAGAUGACACAAUUGUUUUUGGGAAAACCCAACAGGAACAUGACCAUCACCUUAACACUGUCUUAGCAACACUCCAUGAGUGUGGUCUGACUCUCAAUAGAGAAAAAUGCAAAUUUAGUGUUUCUGAGGUCACAUUUUUUGGAUAUACCAUUUCGGCAAAUGGUAUACGACCCACCGAUGAGACUGUGACUGCCAUUCGAAAUGCCCCAAAGCCACCCAAUGCCUCAGAGGUCAGAAGUUUCUUGGGUCUUGUGAACUACUGCAGCCGGUUUAUCCAAAAUUUCUCCACCGUAGCAGCCGCACUUCAGCAGCUCACACACAAAGGUGCACCAUUUAAAUGGACUAAACUCCACCAAAAUGCAUUCGAAUCCUUGCAGAAAACUCUUACUAGCAAUUUCGUCAUGGUACAAUUUUGUCAUGCCCCCACUCAGCUUCGUGUUGACGCCAGUCCAUUUGCGCUGGGGGCUAUAUUAACCCAAACUCAUGGCGAUAAAAGCAGACCAGUAACCUAUGCAAGUCGCACACUUACAGCUGUUGAGAGGCGUUAUUCUCAGACUGAGCGUGAGGCCUUGGUGGUUGUCUGGGGACUCUACAGUCCGACGUCAAAACCCCCUGCGCGCAUUGAACGGUGGGGCCUUCGCCUGCAACCGUAUAAAUUUUGCAUUAAGUAUUCACCUGGAAUUGAUAAUCCUGCUGAUGUACUUUCUCGUUUGCCACUUCCCAAUGCAACAACCAAUACUCGCAACACGGCUGAAGAAUAUGUCCAGUUUGUCGCUCAGAAUGCAGCUCCCAAGGCCCUGUCUCUUAGUACAAUAAAAUAA